ACUUUCCAGAGUAGCCCGUUCAGCACUGAUACACCAUAUGGGUACCAGCUUAACUUACACUUUGUUAACUACAUUAACGAUAUUGAGCGGAGUGACACCAUUCGCCGUCUGGAUUUUAACAAGAGGCCCAGGGUGGCAAACCCUGCCUCUGAGCCUCAAAGCAUUGUAAGCCCUAAAAGAAACUGGAAAUCCUCUGAGUCUUUGUCCUCUGUAAACAGUGAUGAGGACAAGAAAACCCCUCAUUCCUCAUCGUCCUCCUCUUCCUCUGUCAACAGAAGAAGACCCCCGCUUCCUUAUACCCAUUCCAAACCUAAAUCCACCAGUCAAGCACCGGAGGUCUCUCAAGGUCUAUCCAUCUCUCAGAGGAAUUCAGAUGGGACGCCUUCCCCAGCCACACAUCAUCCUACCUCUACCGAAUCAAAUCGCCUAGUGGAAAAGACCUUGAUGGAAACAUGUAAGCGUUUGGAACAUGAGAAAGGAUCUUCCCAGACAGGAUCUCCAGACCCACACCCGCGACGUAGGCUGGCCAGUUUUGGUGGUCUUGGCUCUAGUGGUACCCUAUCUCCUUACACUAGUUGGAGUGCUCUAAACCAAGGCAUUUAUAAAGGUGCCAAGAUGACAGUCCUAGACCCACCCAGCCAAGGUAUCUUGUUAGUGGUGAGCUCCCAUAAGAUCAGCUCCUCAAGCUCUGGCUGGGCAUCUCCAGUGAGCGGUGUUAGUUCACUCCACCUACAGCUGGUUAGGGAUCAGAUGGCAGCUGCUUUACAGAGGCUAAAUGAUUUGGAGGAGCAAGUAAAGGUUAUACCUGUCCUACGGGUGAAGAUUUCUGUUUUGCAGGAAGAAAAGAGACAACUGACUGCCUUGGUCAAGAGCCAACAUGAUCAACAAACAGGCUCCAGCACUGACAUAGAUUUAGAGGGGUUGAACAAGAAGCAAGCACACAGCACAAAUUGUGCAUCAGAAUUACAACAUAAAAGCUCUGAGUCUGAUGAAGAGAUAGAGGGCAAGAAGAGAUCCUCUAAAGAGAUGGAGGGUUGGGAGCACAGAAGCCUCCCUGGUCUUACAGAGUUCAAACAGCUCAGUGUUGCAAUGCAACUGCUUGAAAAAAAGAUCCAAGAUGCAUGUCUUGAGACUCAACAAUGCCUCAGGAUGAGGGCUCUCAGAUCUGUUGCCAUGGGAGAUGACAGAAGCACUUAUAAAGCUGUUGCUGUCAGUGCCAAACCUGAGACCCGAUCAGUGGCUGACGAAGUCACAGAGACUAUGCUCGGCAUGGUAGCGGACAAGGAAGCAGAAACUGAGUUGCAGCAGCAAACCAUCCAACUUUUGAUUGACAGGAUUCAAACACUGGAGGCAGAGCUUAAAGAGGCAACACUUACGGCAGAAAUGGGCAGGCUGAGGAGUGAACUAUGGGAAGCAGAAUCUAGGAACCGCGCUGACAAAAGUUCCACCGCUCACCCACAGGUGAACUGCACUGCUAUCCAGACUAGGUCACAAACUCGCACUCUUGGAGUGGGAAAUCACACCCACCGUGUACCUUCUGCAGUUGGGGGAGGGCUAGAAUGGAUAUCGAUUGCUGUUGGAGUGUCCUGCAAACCUGAAAUGAGGGCUGUUUCUUCUGGUCCAGACACAUCUAUGGAAGAGUGGGAAGUGCGCAAAAAAGUAGAGAGGAAAGACCAGUGUGUUGAAAGCAAGUGUGUGCCAAUGUGCAGUCAAGGUGUAGGAACGACAGUGCAUAUGUGUGAUGCUGGCACAAUUACCUUGGAGACAAUGGAGACUCUGGACAAGAAGAACAUUUUGCACAGAAGAACAGUGGGCUGUGGUGACUGCACGAUCAUCGGGAAUGUCAGUGUGGUCAAAUCACUAAUUUCGCAGGGAACUGUCUCUGACCCAGUGCGAAGCUUUGACUUGGCUGUAAUGGCAAUGCCACUGACCAUGUCACAGCAUACAAGUACAGAUAUCUGUACUGUCUCCCGCAGCAGCAGCACUUUGCAGGCCUGCAUCUCUGAAGCCAGCACCAACACAAAACAUAAACUCACCAGGGAAAGACACACCAACACAGCACACACAAUCACCCGAUCUCUGGCAGUCAGGGAUGGGAAAGUUUAUGACCGAGUAUCUGCUGUUCAAAUGCGCUCUGUUUCUGUGGGAACCAAUUCAUGUGUAGAAAGAGGCACAAUCACACAUGCUGUCCCUAAGGUGAUGACACGAGACACUGGUGUUGGAUUAGUAAAUAUCUACGAGAACUUCCUGAUUGGACUCCGCUCACGAAACAUAACAUGUGGUCCAUCCCGUUUACCCGAUCCGGUCAAGAUGCGUAGCAUUGGUGUGGAGGUAGGGGACGGUAGGAUACCUGACAUGGAGGGGCAGAUGUUUGUGCAGAAUGAGCCAGGACUUGAUCAUUACAUUGAUCGCAUGCAAAGAUUGUUUAAAGAGCAGCAGUACCUGUUGACGGACACCCACCCUGGGUCAAAAGAUGAGGACACUCUCCAAUCUUAUGGUCACUUAGUUACACAAGUUGGAGUCACUGGACAAAACCAGAAAUCAAAUGUGGAUGAGAGUUCAAGGAUUAAACAGAGGAAUCAAAUGGAGCUGCAGAUGUCCGCUGCUCUUCAUGGCCCACCUAGUGAUGAGCACUGUCUCAGGUCCAUCAUGAAAAUGAAGAGCAUCAAUCAGAAGUCCACAGAUAGUAUUGAAAACCCUAAGCCUGCAACCUGUGGAGAUAUUGAGAACCCCUUGUCUGAGGGUGGCGAUUCUGAGGAUGAAGAGAAAAAAAGAGAAAAGAAGGAGAAUAAAGGGAGUGCCAAAGAUAAAGUGAAGAUUUCCAAGAGGAAAGAAAGGUAUAUAUUUUGUGAGAGGAUGAUUUCUGCCUGUCAAACUCUGGAGGUUCACCUCAAAGGCAGCAAGGUCAUAUCCAACAAAGAACGGCGCUCCUGCCUGAACACAGUGCAGCAGGAGUGGUUCUGUGUGUCCAGUCAGAAGAGGGCAUACCCACAGACCGUGGAGGACUUCCUCUGCGCUUGCCACCAUGUCUCAUUUGACAUGAUGUGCUAUGUGGCCAAUAUGGCUGACCAAAAUGGCAACACAGCCCUCCACUACAGUGUGUCUCACUCCAAUUUCAGUGUAGUAAAGAUUCUUCUAGCUGCAGGGGUGUGUAAUAUAGAUCAUCAGAAUAAGUCUGGCUAUACUCCUAUAAUGCUUGCCUCUCUGGCUGCUGUGGAAACAAAAGAAGCCAUGAUGGUGGUUCAAGAACUCUUCAGCAGAGGAGAUGUUAAUGCUAAGGCCAGCCAGGCUGGUCAGACAGCUCUCAUGUUGGCAGUCAGUCAUGGACGUAUAGAUAUGGUCAGGGCUCUGCUAGCUGCUGGGGCAGAGGUCAACAUCCAGGAUGAUGAGGGAUCAAGCACUCUCAUGUGUGCUGGUGAACACGGCCAUGCCGACAUUGUCAGACUCUUACUUGCCCAGCCAGGCUGUGAUGCCACACUGACUGACAAUGAUGAGAGCACUGCUUUGUCCAUAGCUCUGGAGGCCGGACACAAAGACAUAGCUAUGCUCCUCUAUGCCCAUGUCAACUACUCAAAGGGCCAAACUAGGGCAUCCCCUCACAGCAAGACUCCACCCACUUCAUCUAGCACAAGCUCUUCUGUUUGAUAGGACAUUUUUCCAUGCUCGCUUCCUCCAUUCAGAAAUCCUCUCAGAACACCCCAUUCAAUCAAAUGCUUUUUUCAUAGCCAUAUGAAUGAGAUGAGUAUGAUUGGUUAUGUUUUCAGGGCAGUGGUUUAAGGGCAGUGCACUCGCUGUUGGUAACAUAAGCUCAUAAAGGCUUCUUGUCCUUUACUAACAGUUACCAAUGUCUUUCUCACAUGCAAACACGACAGUUAUGUAGUUAUUUGACAAUAAUAUAGACCAAUAAUAUAUUUUCAUUUUGACAUUGUUAUGUUUAUCUGUAUUGGGAAUCUGCAUGUUCAAACAGUUUUAUAUAUUCUUUUUGAAAUUAAAUGGAUUUUCAGGAUAGAGUAUAAUAUUUUAAAGCCUGGUUUUUCAUUUCUUAUAGAUUAUAUAAUAUUCACAUUGCAUUUUCAAAUCUAAAAAUCUUGAUUGUUAGGCUUGGCACCCUUUUAAAAAAGUGAUUUAAAUGUUAAAGUGUCUGUCUUGUUCAUAUAUGUUCAUGUAUCCUAUAUAUUACGUAAAAUAAAAUAAUGCUUACAUCUCCACCUUUUGUUUACAUGUAUUUCAUUACUUGGCCUGUAAUAUUUUGCAGUUCAAUGGAACUCACACAGUUCUGCUGCCACCUAUAGGUGAAGAGCUGACGUGCCGAUUAUCAUCAAGCAGAGGAGGCUGGGUUGCUUCACUGAAACAGAGUAUAGACUUCACUACAACUCAUGAAUCUGUGACCCUGCGUUCACUUUCACAGUGGUUUACUUCAGUUGGACUUGUUGGUGUGCAUGGUAUGCAUGCUAGUGAUGUGAUGCAGUCUCAGGCCAUCCAAAACGGAGUGUCUGAGGUUAUGGAGGAGGAAAGCAACUUCAAGAAACGAAAAAGCGAUCAAAGCAACCAGAGCUCUGAGACUGGUCAGGAGGUGGUGGAGAAGGUCAAAAAGCGACGGGGUCGUCCUCCUGCUGAGAAACUGCCUCCCAACCCUCCCAAGCUCACGAAACAAAUGAACACAAUCGUGGAUAUGGUCAUCAACUACAAAGACACGAGAGAGUGCGUAAUCACAAAUACAGGUGCAUUGCAGACCUGGAGAAGGAUAUCAUGCAGAUGUGUCACAAUGCUCAGACGUUUAAUCUAGAAGGAUCUCAGGUGAACCUCAUGAACAUAU